AUGGUACCACUAGGCCUAUAUGACUCAGUUCAACGGGUACUUCGAUUGAGUCUGAGAUGGCUACGACCUCUGUUAGAAGACGAUGACCUCGAUUUCCAGGUCAUCUACUUGGUCCGUGACCCACGUGCUGUUCUCAGUUCCCGGACCAAAGUUCCUUGGUGCAAAUCCCCAUCCUGCAGGAACCCGAAGGUCGUGUGUUCUCUACUGACUGAGGACUUGACGGAGGUCCCGGCGCUCCUGAAGGCGUACCCUCAAAGAUUCAAGGUCGUGAGCUACGACCGCCUCUGCCGCAACGUGACGGGAUCCUUACAGGACCUCAUGACCUUCUUCAACCUCGCUCCUACGGCCGACCAGCAGGAAUUCCUAGAGUAUCCCAGGAUCCCCCGCAGGAGGUACGGGAGCAGGAGCAACACCUUCCUCCUCCAGGCGCAGCUCUGGCGGACUAGGACCUCCUUCAGCCACGUCGUUCUGCCCGUCCAGAACUCCUGCCGAGAGUCCCUGGGGAAGCUGGGCCUCAGGUCUUCGCUUCCAGGAGGGACUUGGUCGACCUGA